AUGGCGGCGGCGAAGACGAAGGAGAUGAGGGUUGAGGGGAACGAUUGCAACUGCCUUAAUAUUACAUGUGGUCAGGUUGCCGAUGGUCCAUGCCCAUAUGCCGAAUGUAAAACGUGCAAGUCGUGCUGUAGUCCCGGAUGUGAGGGGUGCAAAGUAAAAUGCGAGGCAAAUGAAUCAUGUAAGUGUUAUAUUACUUGCUGUGGCUGUCCGACUGAUUGUUAUGGGGACAAGAAAAAUGGCGAAUGUAAAGGAAAAGAAUCAACCAACAGUUGCAAGCGGUGCGAAAAUAGGUGUACAGAAGGGCCAUGCGACGGCUACGUAAUUGGCAGAUGCAAAGACAAAGGCUACGACAAGUGUGAAGGCCACGUCAAAUACCAUGACGGCAAUCCUGUAUGGGAACGCAAAAAAUACGGCGACAAAUGCAUGGACUCCCAUCCAUAUGCCUGUAACGAGAACGAUUGCAAGUGGGCACGUGGAAAACGAGACGAGAACGGCAAUUGCGUCCUCAAAUGCACAUACUGUGGCACACUAUGUUCACAAGACUGGUGCAGAAUAUGGCUAGGUGUUCUAAUCAUCGGUUUGAUCAUUUUAUCAUGCUUUAUUGUCAUGUGGGGUAUGUUUCCCGAGACAUUCCACCGGAUGACGACUAAAAUACGCGCUGCAUUUUCCAGCUCGCCUGGCCAUCCCGGCAGAUCCCUGACUAAUCUCGUCGGUGACGAAAUUCCCGAGGAGAUGAACAUUGACCGCUACCCCGCCUUCCGUCCAAGGGCAUACGCUGGAUUGUCGUAG